AUGUCAUUUACUCCACUGGAACAACUCCUGAACUCCUACCUAUACUCCUGUCAGCCAGUCCUCCCAGUUCCCUACUACUUCUACCCUCCUAUCAGCCCUCCUAAAUGUUUACCUUUUUCACAGCACAGCUCUCCUGACAUGAUUCAGACUACAUCUCCGCCAUCCUACCUGUGUCCUUCAACAUAUUCAUCCGAGGAGACCUUCUCAUCCCCUCCACAGAUGUACUCAUCCCCUCCACAGACCUAUUCUCCCCCACAAAUACAGACACAGAUUACACCUCCCUCCAGGACUACUCCACCUCCUCUCUACAAUUCUCCUCCUCCUCUCCCUCAAGACAGUGUAGACGAGACUAUAGAACCAGUUCCUUCUGUUGUUAUUCACCACAAACCCGGUUCCUACCCUCCUCCUCCACCGAGCACAUUCCACUGGAUAGACCAAACACAGUACAGAACUAAACUCAUGGAUUCGGAAAUUUCCAAGACAGAACUGCUAGACCUGCUCAGCCACUAUCCCCUCAACCCACCUACCUUUGGUAAAACCCGCAAGAGAUCCUCCUCAUCCUCUUCUCCCCCUUCAGCUGAUACACCCUACAGCAAGCAUGCUUCCAUCACUAACAACCGUACCUCCUUCACCUCAGCCCAACUGGAAUGCCUGGAAAUCCGGUUCAAAAAGUCCCCUACAAUCGACAGAGAUGAGCGCCUAGAUUUCAGUGUACAGAUCGGAGUGUCGGAGACCGCUAUCAGGACCUGGUUCCAAAACAGAAGAGCUAAACAGAGACGAGCAGAUCUACUGAAGAAACAAGCUCAGCAGGCAGCAGAGACUGGAACUGUGGACUUGGACAACCUUCCUUCUGUUUGA